UUGUAGGUGCUGGAGAAUCUGGGAAGAGUACAGUGGUGAAACAGAUGAGAAUUCUUCAUGUCAGUGGCUUCACUGAAGAGGAAAAGAAGGAAAAAAUAGAAAGUAUCAAAAAGAACAUCAGAGAUGCAAUCCUGACAAUAUCUGAUGCCAUGAGCACGCUAGUCCCUCCUGUACCCCUAGAGAACCCGGAGAACCAGUGGCGUGUUGACUAUAUGCAGGAUGUUGCAAGUUCUCUGAAUUUUGACUACCCAUCGGAGUUCUAUCAACAUACAGAAGCCCUCUGGAAAGACAAGGGAGUGCAAGCUGCAUAUGAGAGGUCCAAUGAAUACCAGCUCAUAGACUGUGCAAAAUAUUUCCUGGACAGAGUGAGUAUAAUCAAACAGCCGGAUUACACUCCAACUGAACAGGUAAUUAUCCAAAUGUGUUUUAACUA